UUUUUUUUUUUUUUUUUUUUUUUUAAGAGGAGGAAAGAAAAUAAUUGAGGGAGAGAAAAAAAGUAAUAACUGCGAAGGGCUUGAUCCGGGAGAACAAUACUCCCCGGGAAAGUUGCUGCGCGGCGGGGAGGGAGCGGCGGGAGGAAAAUGCCGCAGCUGGGCAGCGGCGGCGGCGACGACCUGGGCGCCACGGACGAGAUGCUGGCCUUCAAGGACGAGGGCGAGCAGGAGGAGAAGAUCCCCGAGAACGCCUUCACCGAGCGCGACCUGGCCGACCUCAAGUCCUCGCUGGUGAACGAGUCCGAAGGCAGCGGCAGCCCGGCCGCCGCCGCCGCCGAUCCCGAGGCCCUCCGGCGAGUGCAGGAUCCGCAGAGGGUGUACCAGGAGAAGCUCCCGGACCACAUGGAUGAUGCAGGUAUGAAACAUCAGGACCCAGGGAUGUAUAAAGGAUCUGCAUAUUCCGGUUACCCUUUCCUGAUGCUCUCAGAUCCAUAUCUGCCCAAUGGAUCUAUGUCACCUCUGUCCAACAAAGUUCCCGUCGUGCAGCCGUCCCACGGAGUGCACCCGCUCACCCCGCUCAUCCCAUACAGCAACGACCAUUUCAGCCACGGCUCCCACUCGCCCCACUUGCCCGCUGACAUCAACCAGAAACAAGGAGUGCACCGUCCUUCCCAGACCUCAGACAUCCCUGGUUUCUACCCCCUGCCCCCCGGAGGAGUCAGCCAGAUCACGCCGUCGAUGGGAUGGCAGAGCCAGUCUGUCUAUCCGCUCCCGUCAUGUGGAUUUAGACAGCCGUAUUCGUCAGCGCUUUCUGCUGGGGCUUCUUUCUCCAGGUUCACUCACCCGCUGAUGCUGGGCUCUGGCAUGCACACCACCGGCAUCCCGCACCCCGCCAUCGUGCCCCACUCCGGCAAGCAAGAGAUGGAGCACUACGACCGAAACAUGAAACCUCAACCAGAACCAAAGAGAGAGAAGGAAGCCAAGAAGCCCACUAUUAAGAAGCCCCUGAACGCUUUCAUGUUGUAUAUGAAAGAAAUGCGGGCGAAAGUCAUCGCCGAGUGCACCCUGAAAGAGAGUGCUGCCAUCAACCAGAUCUUGGGAAGGAGGUGGCAUGCGCUGUCCCGGGAGGAACAAGCCAAGUACUACGAACUGGCCCGCAAGGAACGGCAGCUCCACAUGCAGCUCUACCCUGGCUGGUCUGCCAGAGACAACUACGGGAAAAAGAAGAGACGAACACGGGAAAAGCAGCAAGAUUCCAACUCAGAUCCUGCCUCUCCUAAGAAAUGCAGAGCUCGCUUUGGUCUCAACCAACAAACGGACUGGUGCGGCCCGUGCAGGAGGAAAAAGAAGUGCAUUCGGUACCUACAAGGAGAAGGACGCUGUGCCAGCCCAGUUUCUUCCGAUGGAAGUGCUAUAGACUCCCCUCCAUCCCCACCGGACGCACUCCGAUGCAUCCCCUCCGCCUUCCCGUCAGAGCAGCUCGCAGCCCCCGCCGACCCCGCGCACCGCGACCAGCCCGACCCCUGCCCCGUGUCCGCACACCUCCCGCCCGCCUCCGGCCCCUCCAGACCCGGCGCCCGGCGCUCCUCGGCGCCCGCCGCGCCCCCCGCCUACAGCCGCGCCUCCUCGGGGACAUAGUCCCUCGCCAGCCGCUGGCCACGCCGGGCACUCCGCUCGCCCACCUGGUUCCGCUGCACCUGGACGAGGACCAGAGGCCCAGCCGAAUCCCCAUCUCACUGUAAAACAUGCAAAGUUUGGCGACACGAUGACUUAAAGGAUGAUGGAAAACUCACUUGGUUGGGGUUUUUUUGGAGGGGAGGGGUGAUAAAAAUAGAAAAGCAAUUUAAAAAAACGUAAAAAAUAAGUACUUGCCAAAACUUAAAGUGCUGAUGAGUAAACGAGCCUUUUGUCCCUGCCCUGUGAUGCUUUUUUGUUUGUUUGUUUGGGGUUUUGUUUUGGUUUCUUUUUUACUGCGUUAUCUGUAAGUGUGGCGGAGAGCAAAGUCACAUCCCCAGCUUGCUGCUGUAGGUGGUAGGUGCUGUCAGUCUAACCCUGGCUUCCGCUCCCUGCCCUCCGAGCUGCUUGAAAGUGUAGUCACCCACAGAUCUCUCAUAGGCGUUACAUCACGGAGCUGGAAAAGCUGGAAUAGGAGCAUUUUUUAAAGCCCUUAUAUCUGAAAAGUAAACGUAGCGUUGCCGGUGUUCUGAUCCGACCGGGUAAAAGAGACAUUAAAUAUUUAAACCAAUGAGGUGAAUUUUUUUAACUUCUUGUUUGAGAACAGGAAGAUGUUGUUUUCAGGUAACAGGUCUCUGUGCAGACAUGUCCCAUUCCACGGUCGUACCGCACGGCAGAGGAAAAGGGAGCACCAGCUGGGCAAAGGAGCACGGACCAGCCACUGGAAGAAGGGCUGAUAGUUGCUCAGGGCAUCAGUCAGAUGCAGGGUUUGCCCUGCUGUUAGGAUUUGUCCUCUGCAGAUGUGGAUGGUAAGAAAUCUCACCAGACAGGCUGGGCAAAGCCUCAGAAAUCAGUCUGUUGGUUUUGUAGGCUCUGAUUGAGCUCUGCACCUCCACAGCGGUGAGCAGGGCAGGGCAUGUGGGGAGCCAGCAGCCCCGGCAGGCUGGCCAGUGUCCCAGGAUCACACUAGCCCAGGGCUGAGGACCACGCUGGCCCAGCAGACAGGGGGGAGGUGUGAGCUCUCCCGUCCCGGGGCAGUGUGGCAGCAGAGCAGCACUCACUACCCUGCCCUGGGCUGUAGGCAUCCGUCUGUACGUACCCUCGGCAAGAAGGGAACCCUGUUCUUCAUGAUUCAGUGUAGAACUUUUUAAAAAAUCUUAUUCUAGCUUUUUCUAAAAGACUCUCCCUCCACCCCAAUGACGAUGCCAAAUGUUAAUGUAUUCUUUUCAGCUUGAAAAUGUUUACCGGUUUCUGGUAUUGUAUUUAUAUUUUGAGUUUGAUAAACAAAAAACACUGUGGAUGGAUUAUGAUCUCCAUGAACUGGUGUAAAUCCCAAAUAAUUCCAAAUGCUGGAUUUACUUCAGGUUUACAGUCUUUUCAGAGACCACAGUCUAGUCCAGUGCAGACUCUUUUCCUGCUUGAAAGAAAUAUAUUACAGACUGCUGAAGAGAAAAAUGACACCACACAGAGGUAGAGGGGGCACUAUUUUUUUCCUACUUGAUAAAUAGGUUCUGGAGUACUGAAUACAAAUUAUGUAGUAAUAUUAUUGUAGAACUACAAGAAAUUUAAGAUGACCUUUAUAAUGUACAAAAUAUUUUUAUAUUUUUUUCUUAAUGCAAAAACAUAAACCAUAAUUUUUUACAUUGGAUGAAACAUAACUUUUUAACCAAGUUUAUGCCUCAAAGAUUUAAAAUUUAAAAAAAAAAAAAAAUCUAAACCUAACUAGUCUGUAGAGCAGCUUUGGCUUUAGUCCCUUUAUUUAGCUAGUUUUGCUUAUAGUAGUGUAGAUUUUUUAUUUCUGGUUUUAGUUUAGGAGAUCUAAACCUAUUUCUUGAUUCCUCUCCUGUAUAAAUGUAACUUCAGAAGCACUGAUAGAAAGCUACGUGCACAAACCUGACAAGUUUGCAAAGAGUAAUUUUGAAGUUUGAACCAUUUUAACCCUUGGAGAAAUAGCAUUACCUGAUCCAAUGCCAACUGUACAUUCGUGUACUGACUGCACUCAGAGGGUUAAUUACAUAGCACUAGAUCAAUAUGCAAUCUGCUCAUUUUAAAUUAUUUUAGCAAGUUUAGCCAACAGCAUGUUCCAGUGCUGAACAGAGGAGCUCGGUAGACUCUUGCCAGAUCUGACAUGGUCUCUUUAAUCAUCUGAUUUUCAAACAAACAAAAAAACCAGCUUUAGAAAAUGGCUGUUUCAGCUCAUCAUUUGUCACUCUGAGACCCUCUGCUGUAAGGUGCUGUACAAGUGUCACCUACUGGAGACACCACAGAUGACAGACCAGCCACCAUAGCCUGGUGUACCCCACACUAGGUGUAAGGCUGGUGUAACUUAACACCCGACUGGUACUGCAUGGUUGGAUGACAGAUGUAACUUAGCAGCAAAGCAAAGGCAGGUAUAAAAGGAAAAGCAGAUGUGUCUAAAUCACACCAGAGGAAAUUUCAGGGUAAGUCCUGAUCAGUAUUAAACUGGCCAAGGCACCCAGACCAGCCCUCAUUCAUUUCACUCUCUGGGACUUUCACCCACUUAUUUCAAGGCUCCUCUGGCCCCUCCACGGUGUUGUGAGUCCCUGCCUCGACCAGCAAAAUGCUCAUCUGCAUUACAGCCUCCUCUCACUAUUGUUAUUCCAACUGAUUCCUGCAAAAGCUCUUUAGUGACACCCAACACCCCCUCUCCAGGAGCCGUUCCCUGGGCCCUCGUAGCACAGAAGCAUUUUCAGAGCCCCAGAGCUGGAGCAGUCACACCCACAGCAUUGUUUUGCCUGUACUCUGCUCUAUGCAUGCAGGUUUAUGGCCAGACCUUACCCUGUGCUUCCAGCUACUGCAGGAUAAACUCAGAAUGUCCACUUGUGAUAUACUACAGGCAGUUUAUACUGGGGUAACUGAGAAAAUUUCAUUUUUAUUCCAACACACACAAAGAGAUACCUUUAGGCUGCCCCUUUCCAAGACAAAACAGCAUGACCGACUUCUGUUCCAUGGUCCCACGGCUGAUAACCAAUGCCAAAACAAAGUUACUCUUAUUAAUACCAAAAAAAAGUGUCUUUAGAACUGCUAUAUGAAGUGUUGCUAUUUUGUGUUAAUACUCUUUUUUAGUAGAAGGAGAUUCUCAACAAGAAUUUUUUUCUAGUUAUUUUACAGGAGUUUUAACUCUUCCUGAAACAGAUAUUUGAAUUCCUGAAAUCAGUCUGAAUGUAGAAGUCAUGGAAGUACCAAUUCAUUAAAACAAGUAAAACCACUGUAUGUAUGUAGCAGGGGAAAAUGUUUUGCAGCUGUACCUUCAUUUGUCCAAUGACGAUCCAUCAUUUAAUUUUUUUACUUCACUGAGUUUGUAUUUUUUGGCUUUUAUGUUCAAAGUAUGUUUAUAGCUUUAUAAAUAAAGUAAUUGCCAGACUGGCUGUUCAGAAGAGGCCACUGGAAGUUAAAAUGCUA